AUGGUUCAUCGUGUCUACCUGGUCCUCUGCAUCUGCCUCUCCAUGCUCUUGUUUGCAUCGGCUGCGAAAAUGCCCGAUUAUGGCGUCUGGAAGGGGACAGCGACAUUCUUUUCUGCCCCUCAGAGCCCUUCAGAACGAACGGCACUUUUGACCAUCCGAGAUGGCAAGACCUACCACACAAGCCCCGCCCCUACGCCCCCGCCAAACAUUGAUAUACUCACAACUCUCAGUAUGGAAGCACCAGACGUUCACGACACUCGCAUCGUGUAUUGGAUAGAUCGCAACUUUACAGCCUCUCUUGUGUCAGACAGCUUCAUGUUGGCGAAUCUGAAGCCCGGAUACCACGAGAUUCCAUCAUCCGAGCGAGAUCCUCACCAUGUCCCAGGACUUGACAUGGUGGCAGACGGACAUAUUCACAUGAUAAAGGGAACAUUCAGCACACACAACGUUCCAGGACAUGUUCAGGAUACUGCCGACAUGAUGAUGUCCUUUUUUGACCCGGCAGUUGAGGCGCAGGCGGAUGUUUGGGUCUGGGGCCAACGAGGAGAACACGGACAAGGACUUGUCAUGCAUCAUGUCCAAAUGAAUCAAGGGCAUUCGGGGAUGCUCGCCGAAGAGAAUGGACGAAAUCAAGACGGCGGUGUUAUAGUCAGAUACUACGACCACUGGGAGGCGCUGUUCAUUGCGUUCCCCCAGCAGGCAGCCAUCACGGAUGAAGCGGGAGAGCCAGUCGGCGAUGUCCUGGCUAAUAUCGCUGGUCGAGGGUAG